GAUAACUAUCUGUUACUAUCUUGAUUAAUCUCUCUAUCGGCAAAAUGUCUUACUCGCCAGUUCCAAACUCCAACAACAACUUACUCUCGGAGGAAGAGUCAGCAACAUGGGGACCCGAUGAGAAGGUGAAGAUAAAGAGGUUUCCGUCGUGGUGGAAAGUGAUACUAUACUCUCUACUUACUGCGGUCAUCUUUGCCUUCGGGGGCCUAGCGGGCUACAAUUGGAGUGACAGGGACGGACUAUGCAGUCACCACGUUUCUCAAUACUCUCCUCUCUUUAAAGAUGUCGAUGUGGAAUAUCAUGUUGAGCAAUUUAACGGCGAAUUCAUCAAGCAAAAUAUCUAUCGCCAAGAUGCCAGCCCCGAGGUCGAUGCCGCAUGGGAAGCGCUCGGAACGGACUACCGUCCGCUAAGGGUGCCACCAGAGAAUGGUGAAAAAUCAGGAAUUUCUCCUGAUCAAGUGAAGAUAAAUGAUGAAUAUGGCGGCGGCUAUCCUGCGAACCUGGAGGGGUUGCACCAUCUCCACUGCCUGAAUCUUCUUCGCAAAUCUCUCUACUACAACUUCGACUACUAUCACGAGCGCGGCGAAGGCGCCUUUGUCAAUGCAGACCACGUCAUCCGCAUCCAUGUUUCCCACUGUUUGGAUAUCCUACGUCAACAGCUCAUGUGCACGGUGGACACCGGUGUGUUGGGCCAGGUAUGGGUCUUUCCCGACAAACCGACCCCGUUUGUGGACUUCAACACCAAACAUAAAUGCAAGAACUUCGACGCCAUUCGCCAAUGGGCAGAAGACAAUCAGUUACCGGAGCAGCCUCCGCCGAACUUCAUCCAGCAGGCUCCCAAGAAAGGAGAGAAGGUUUAUAAGGAGAUUCCUUGAAUGGAUGAUUUUGGUUUUAUUUUCACGGGCCAACUGAAGAAAUGAGCAUGUAAUAUAGUGUCUUUAGUGUGCUUGUUCUCAGUAAAGGCAGCAAUGAAAUUACUAAU